GUGGACUUCAACUGGUCGUACCAAGCUGAAGUUCGCCAUCGCUCACGCUCUGUUCGCCCAUUCCCUCUCGACUAACUGCAGCCGAAGCAAGCAGUCGCUGGAACGUGAGCAGUCAGUUGUCCUCUUGUAUUUUGUUCGUUCGUUCGUUCAUUUGUCCGUUUGAGAGAGAGAGAGAGAGAGAGAGAGAGAGAGAGAGAGAUGAUUAAAAGGCGCGAUUAUCGGCUGCUUCAUCCAGUGGAUGAUGGUGGGGCAUCAUCCACCUCCUCCUCGGCGGCAAGCUCUGAUUCAUCCGACAUCGAAUCCGAAGCCGACUCUCAGAGGGAUCCGGGAAGCGACUUAACCGACUCCCCAGUUGGUGUCUCGGGGGCGGGGGCGGGGGCGGCGGCGGCGGCGGCGGCGUCGAAAGGCAAGGAGCGGGUUAGGACAACUGGGGCGGCGGCGUCGAAAGGCAAGGAGCGGGUUAGGCGGGAGAGCGGCUCGAGCGACAGCGAUGGCGACGAGGAUGGCAGUGAUUUCGCUGACGUGGAAGAAGGCAGCGGGUCUUCGGACGAGGAGGAAGACGAGGAUUUGCGAAAUCGGGGAACGAAAAAUCUUUCCCAUGCGGUUAAUGUCGAGAAGAAGAAGCGCAAUGUCUGGGCGGAGGCGGUGGAGGAUGCAGAGACCGAGAAGCCAAGAGACAAUGAGGGAGAAUUCCGGUCCUUGGUGGAUGUGGGACGGAGAGCGGCGGUGAUUAAGUGUAGGGUUUGCCCCUCCGUUGUCUGCUUGUCAGACAAAGACAUGGAUGCACACCUUAACUCCAAGAAGCAUCUCAAGCGGAUGAAGCUAUUAGGGGAGAAGAAGCUGAAACCUAUACUGGACAGCGAUGGUGAGGUGGAGGAGGAGGAGGGUGAGACGCAUGCGGAGAGACUGGCAAGGAUAAAGGCGAUGGUGGCGUCAGAGGCAGAUGCGCAAAAGGAACAAAAGGAACAGCAAGAACAGCAGGGGAAGAAGCGGAGAAGAAAGCCGAGGAACAGGCGGAACAAGAAAAAGAAGGACGGCGGCGCAUCCUCCGAAGCUGUACAGGCGGAAAACGGGGGAUCUGAAGGGAAGGGCAAUUUGAAAAAAAAGCGAAAGGAUAGGAAGGACAAAGACAGAAGUCAGUCGCUGAGGAAGAAGAAGAGCGAUCAGAAGGAGAGCAGAUGAUGUGACAGGAGUGGUGAAGGCACACUGAUGAUUCCCUCAAGAAGGCAGAGAUCAAAGUACAUCAGAGAGGGGAAGAGAGGUGGUGGUGCUGGCGGUUGGAGUGGGGGAUGGAAGGGGGAGGGUGGAGGGGGAGGAGUAGGGAGACUGCGAAGGUCGGACCUGCCUAGCAAAAAUGUGGGUGGAAAAGAGCUUUGAGA